AACUACACUUAUCGCACCCUCUGAAUCUGCUACCCAAACCAAAGUUUUCUCAUCUAUAGUACCCAAGAACACUGAGUCGGGUUAUUCUCUUAACCACCGCAUAAGAUGGAGGCUUUUCCUAUCGAGAUGAUCCUCGGCGUCGCCGAAAACCUAGAUGCAAAAUCGCUGUCUGCGCUCAUGAUGACGAACAAGCGAUUCUACUCUCUCAUAUCCAAACACGAGCGUUCCAUCUCCGUACGCAUCGUGUCAGGUCUUGGUGUCCCUCCCACUGAUGUCAUGCUCUCAUCUGAGGCAUUCUUGCGCCGUCCCAUCAAGAAACAUACCUUUCAGAUGGUAGCGGAGGCACAGAAGCGGGACGCGCACAUUGAGGACAUUCUCAAUUCCAAGUUCUUCAACGAUGCGAUGCCAGACCGCUUCGAGCCUUGCAAUGCCCACCAGAAGCAGUUACUCCGCGCUCUAGUGAAGAAAGCGAUGAUCCAAUGCAACCGCAUCGCGGAUGUUGCCUCAAACUCGCCAUGCCACCCAAUGAAAGCGAUCUGGUACGAAUGGAUGAAGGGUUCAUUCUACCUCCCUUUCGACUUGCCCCUCGGAUACCGUAUGAGGGAUCCCUGCACCAAUAUGGGGGCACGCGACAACCAGCGUGACUACCUGCGGAGCCUCCCGAAAAAAGAUAUCGCUAUGAUAUACUUCCUUCUGACCACCAUGAGCUGGGGUCUGUAUCUCGAGAACCCGAAUGUAGCCGAGGCCGACAGCAACUUCCUCGAGCGCCAGGUUGUUUUCAAGGAGGGCGUGCUCCGGCACGGCUCUUGGUUUACGUGGGGUUAUCUCGUCGGAGACGCCACCUGGAAGUCGAUGGCACACAAGAUGCAGCGAAUCGGAUGGACUGAGCUUGUUAGUUUCGAGCUCGGUGAGGAAGACACUCCUGCAGCCCUCCACUCAACUCUGGUCUCCUUAUUCGAUCAGUUCUACGUGUCAACACAGAUCGACCCGACCAACGUGAACCCAGCCGCCGUCGUUCUCGAUGUGGUCUGGGACCUCGUUACCAAAGACAAGGAGGAGCAGUCAGCAGAGGAGCAGUCAACCGAAGAGCAGCCAACAGAGGUUCAGUCUGCAGAGGAGCCCUUGGAUGAAGCUACGGAGAUUGCGGGAGAAAUCUUGGAGGAGAUUAUUGAGGAGGUCGCGACGGGAACCGGAGAUGGAGUAUCUGAACAGGAGACGCCCGUGGUGGUCACCGAGGUAUUCUAGGAUGCUAUAAAGGUUAGAGGUAGA